GGAACGCGCCCAGUCGACUCGGGAGCGCGCCCAGCUGUCAGUGUCAGGGCUGUCCGUCUCCCUGACAACAGCGCUCAUCUUGCACGAGCUUAUCGACACCUCCUCGUGACCUCACCUGUCCAGGUGGGCUCCGUGUUGUUUACGUUAUAGGCUAUUUGUCUCCACGUGACGUGUGUGUUAGUUUCCGGCAGCGCGCGGGGCCGAGAGGAGAAUCAGGUGAGGCGGAAGUGAAGUGAGGAGAGAGGCUCGCGCAGCUCACCUGUCCGCCAGGUGAACGACCGGAACAGACAGAGAACAGGAGGAAGAGAAAGAAAAUGAGUAACCCCAUCCCGUCCAAUCUCAAGUCGGAGGCCAAGAAAGCCGCCAAGAUCCUGAGAGACUUCACCGAAAUCUCCAACAGGACCGGGCCGGACAGACUCAUCCCCGCUCAUGUGAUAGCGAAGGCGGAAGGCCUCGCCAUCAUCUCCGUCAUCAAGGCCGGCUUCAUGAUCACAGCCAGAGGAGGCAGCGGCAUCGUCAUCGCCAGGCUGGCCGACAGACGCUGGUCGGCUCCGUCCGCCAUCGGCAUUGCUGGUCUGGGAGGAGGCUUCGAGAUUGGGGUGGAGGUGUCGGACCUGGUGAUCAUCCUGAACCAGCGGCGGGCCAUCGAGGCGUUCACGAAGGGCGGGAACCUGACGCUUGGCGGGAACUGCACCGUUGCCGUGGGACCGAUGGGCAGGAACGUGGAGGCGGACGUGGCUCUUCGCAGCACGGCGGCGGUUUUCACCUACUGCAGAUCCAGAGGAUUGUUCGCCGGUAUUUCUCUGGAGGGAUCGUACCUGAUCGAACGCAAAGAAACCAACCGCAAGUUCUACUCACAGGACAUCCGGGCGUCGGCCAUUCUGAACGGCGACGUGGAGCCGCCGUCGGAGUGCUACGACCUCUACCACAUCCUGGACGUCUACACCGAGGCGUACACGGCCGACUGGACCAGCAAGAACCUGCAUCCGAAGUCGUCUCUUCCUCCAUCCAGACCUCGAGUUCCUCCUCAGCAGAGAGCGGCGAACAGCCACCAGCCCGCAGGAACAGGAAGUAGAAACGCGCUCUAUCCGAGUAUCUCCGUCUAUAAAUCUGAAACCUCAGGUCAGUUUGCCUCCAGAAACCCUCAAAGUUACGGUGGGGACUCGUCAGUGGGCGGAGCCAGCGGGCAGUUGGUCGUCACGGCGACACAUGCGUUCGCCGGUCAGCAGCCCGGUGACCUGAGCUUCAGCCCCGGAGACCGGAUCACUGUCAUCACCAAGACCGAGGCCCAGUACGACUGGUGGGAGGGGCAACUGGACGACGGCCGCGUCGGGAUCUUUCCCGCCAACUUCGUCACGUACUGAGCGCUGCCCGGUGGUUGGAUGGAGGAACUGCAGCGGAACGACAGUUUCCGUGGAGACGUUUUAGGUUUUGUCGAGCUGAUCAAUGAUCAAUUAGUUGAUGGAAAGAGAAAUAUUUUUAGAAUUAACUGUUUAAGUCAUCGUUUCAAACAAAAACACCAAAAAAUAGGCUCUAAAAUGUACAAAUGUUACGUUUUCUUGUGUUUUAUAGCCCAAAAUCAAUAAUCAAUAAAAUAAUCCUAUUAUUAUUAUUAUUAUUAUUAUUAUUAUUAUUAUUAUUAUUAUUAUUACUCACAGAAAUCUCUUUCUUUUAAACUGCCGACAAAUUAAAUUAAAAGUUUAAACUUCAUCUAAAAACAAUUAAACUAUCGAUAAUAAAACGGUUCAGUGUUGAGUUCAGGGACCUGAGGAGCGUCUGAAAUCUCAGCACUUUGUGUUUAUGUGUUUAUUGAGCUGGUUUUACUGGAGGUGGUGGUUGGGUAACUGCACUAAAAUACGUUUCUUUUUAUUCCGAAAGGGGAAUUUAAAUAUAAAUCUUGGAUAUUAAAACAGUAUUUCUGGGAUCUGUUACUGCGUCCACCUUUAGAAACGGGACGCUGGUCACUUAUUUUUGGACACUUGUGAAUGUUUCUACUUUUUAUAUAAUAAUAAUUAACUGAUGUGAUUUCUGAUUGUUAAAGGAUCGUAAAUAAAACAAAUGUAUACAAACUUUG